AUGGCUGUUGGUCCGAUCGCCGUCAACGGCAGCGGAAAGUCUGCCCUCCCGCUGGUCCAACAACUGUCGAAAGACCAUGAAGUCGUGUUAAAGACAUUCCGUCUGCUCAUUGCAGACUUGUGCCAACAAUUUGGAGGAGGCCACCCUGGAGGCGCCAUUGGUAUGGCCGCCAUCGGAGUCGCUCUCUGGCGAUAUGUUAUGCGCUAUGCUCCACACACUCCGGAUUACUUCAAUCGCGAUAGAUUCGUUCUCUCCAAUGGUCAUACUUGCCUAUUCCAGUAUACGUUCCUACAUCUCACCGGGUACAAGGCCAUGACCUUUGACCAGCUCAAGUCUUACCACUCCGACCGUAUCGACGCACUUUGCCCCGGCCACCCCGAGAUUGAACAUGAAGGUAUUGAGGUCACAACCGGACCUCUGGGUCAGGGUGUUGCCAAUGCUGUUGGAUUGGCCAUGGCGACCAAGAACCUGGCCGCGAAAUUCAACCAGCCGGGAUACGAUCUUGUUUCCAACCAUACUUGGUGUAUGAUCGGAGAUGCGUGUCUGCAGGAAGGUGUUGGGUUGGAAGCUAUUUCAUAUGCAGGUCAUCUAAAGCUCAACAACCUGACUGUUAUCUACGAUAACAACCAAAUCACCUGUGAUGGAUCGGUCGAUCUGACGAACACCGAAGAUGUUAAUGCUAAGAUGCGCGCCUGUGGAUGGGAGGUCAUCGACGUCGAGAACGGUUGCUACGAUAUUGAAGGUCUCGUAAAGGCCCUGGAGCAGGCUCGCGUUUCGAAAGACAAGCCAACGUUUAUCAACGUCCGCACGGUAAUUGGUCUCGGUAGCAAUGUCGCUGGCAUGGCUGCAGCCCACGGUGCUGCAUUCGGAGCCCCGAAUGUCGCCCAGAUGAAGAAAGACAACGGCUUCAACCCGAACGAGCACUUCGUCAUCGGGGAGCCCGUGCGGAAGUUCUUCGAAGACCUUCCAGCUCGCGGCGAAUCAUUCGUUCGGGACUGGAAUGAACUCGUGAAGCAAUACAGUGCUCAGUACCCCGAGCUAGGCGGAGAAUUCCAACGGCGCAUGAGCGGAGAACUGCCCUCCAACUGGAAGGAUCUGAUUCCCACCAGCUUCCCAGAGAAACCCACCGCAUCGCGAGCCUCCUCAGGCUUAGUAUUCAACCCUAUUGCCGAAAAAAUGGAGAACUUCAUGGUCGGUACCGCAGACCUCUCGCCAUCCGUGAACAUGAUCUGGCCGGGAAAGGUGGACUUCCAACACCCCGGCCUACGCACAACAUGCAACAUCAACGGCAACUACUCCGGCCGCUACAUCCACUACGGAGUGCGCGAACACGCCAUGUGCGCCAUCUCCAACGGCCUAGCCGCCUACGCCCCCAACACCUUCAUCCCCGUCACCUCCUCCUUCUUCAUGUUCUACCUCUACGCCGCGCCCGCUGUGCGCAUGGGCGCCCUACAGCGCCUCCAGAUAAUCCACUGCGCAACCCACGACUCCAUCGGCAUGGGCGAAGACGGCCCAACCCACCAACCCAUCGAACUAGCCGCCUUAUACCGCGCCAUGCCCAACCUCCUCUACAUUCGCCCCGGUGACAGCGAAGAAACAGCCGGCGCCUGGAUCACCGCCCUCGAAGCCAAAAAGACAUCCACUAUUAUCUCCACCUCCCGACACGCCUUACCCCAACUCAAACAAACCCGCCGGGACGGCGUCACCCGCGGUGCCUACGUCCUCCAGGAAGCCGAAAACGCCGCCAUAACCCUCAUCGGUGUCGGCGCGGAACUCUCCUUCGCGCUGGAAGUCGCCUACAAGCUCAAGGAAAGCGGUAUCGUGGCGCGAGUGGUCAGUUUCCCCUGCCAGCGGUUGUUUGAGCAACAGUCUCUUGAGUAUAGGCGGUCUGUUUUGCAGAGGCAUAGGGGGGUUCCGGCUGUUGUUAUUGAGCCUUAUGCGCCGAAUGGAUGGGAGCGGUAUGCGGAUGCGGGAGUUUGUGUUAAGCGUUUCGGGCAUAGUUUGCCGGGGAAGGUAGCGUAUAAGUUCUUUGGGUAUGGGAUCGAGGAAUUGACGGAGAAGGUGAAGGGGUAUUUGGGGCGGGUUGAGGGGGACGAGGUUUUGCGGAGGGAGUUUGUUGAGUUAUGA